AUGGAUUUCCUUGCUGCCGUAUUACAGCAUGUUGGCUAUUAUAUCACUUUGCUCUACCCUCAUGUACCCACUGAGAUCCUCACAAUCGCAUUUGCUGUCACACCAAUUUUUGCAGGUGCUCAUGCUGGGCUGAAAGCUCCAACAUCGGCAGCGAAACGACGAAAAGUCAUAAAGACUACAGAUGAUACCGACACUGAGAGCGAGGAAUCAAUCUUGAUUCCGGAAGCACAGAGUCUCAGUCUGACGGAUGCUGCGCUGUUUCCCAUUGGAGCUGGCCUCACACUUACCGGCCUAUAUUACUUGAUAACGCAUUUCGAUCCAGCCCUUAUCAGUAAGAUCUUGAAUUGGCAAUUCAUUAUCAUGGGCACUUUGGCAGUUUCUACUAUGAGCACCGAUUUCCUAGGUCUUCUCUUCGAUAUGGCAUUCCCGAAGGCGUACUACUAUGACAACAUCACUUGGUACGUGCAGACUCACAAACGCAAUCACAAGGCGCCAGAUGGUCGAAUGAAUGAGUCUCCAUUGCCUGGACUUUUCUCAGCCCUCCCUCUACCUGAAUCACUCACCCAAUUUCUCUGGUCACUUCGAGAGAAGGCUACAGGCAAAGUCAUGGUCAAAGUCUACAUUUGGAAAUUCUUACGGAUAUCUACUCGCUUGAACCUUCAGACUCUUCUCGCUACUAUGUUUGCUGUAGGUCUUCAGACUUACAUGCUUCUCGUCGAAACUCCUUGGUAUCUCAACAAUGUUGCUGGUAUGGCAUUCGUCUAUACCAUGCUUCAGGUGAUUUCCCCAUCGACCCCAUCAGUCGGCUCACUUCUACUCGCCGUACUAUUCUUCUAUGACAUCUACUUUGUGUUCUACACACCUAUAAUGGUAGCAGUCGCAACAAAAUUGGAUAUCCCAGCGAAGAUAUUGAUUCCGAGACCUGGUGGUAUGGGCCUGCUUGGGCUUGGGGACAUUUUCGUGCCAGGUAUACAGAUUUGCUUCGCACUGAAAUUUGAUCUGUGGCUACACUAUUUCUAUCAACAGCGGGAACGCACGAAAGCCGAUCGUGAUACUCCAGCGAUAAGUGAUGAGGAGCCCGAUGACAAGUCCGAAUCCAAAGGCAAGCAACUCGUCAAAUCGAAGUACGAACCGGCCACAGGUAACUGGGGCACGCGAUUUUGGACGGGAUCGAGACUUGCGCAACAGCCCAAAAUUAUUUGGGGAACGAGUUUUUCCAAACCUUAUUUCAACGCAACUCUUACUGGAUACAUACUGGGUAUGCUGUGUACGCUUGUCGCCAUGGUUGUAAGUGGUCGUGGUCAACCCGCUCUGCUCUAUCUUUCACCCAGCGUCCUUGGUGCAUUAUAUUUGACUGCGCUCAAGCGAGGAGAGCUAAAGCUCCUUUGGAAUUACUCCCCCGACGAGGAGAAAGACGACAAGAAGCAGAACGACGAGUCAAAAGAAAAGCCGAAGGAAAAAAAGCCACAAAAGGAUAAAAUGGAAGAGGCCUCAAGUAAGGGGACUCGAUUCUUCUACAUUUCACUCAGCUUUGCAAACAAACCAUCAAAGACAAAUGCCCUUCCAGCUGUGGGUCGAUCUGAGUCACCACCCGCCCGUACGCCUCGAAGUAGCAAAGCGAAGACCCUGCCCAAAGGAUGGACGAUGGUGGAAGAACCGGCCACACCAACAAAAAAUCCCAAAGUAGAGCCAGCAGCUGCUUCAUCGGUCAAACGCGCUGAGCGGGCACGCAGGAGGGAGACCUUGAAGGGCAGCGAGUCUUGA